AUGAAGAGCAAUUCUAAUGUUAACCCAGAGGUAAAGCGUGAUGUUAUCACUGAAAUUGUUCCUCCAAUUUCACCUGAUUCCUUAAAUGUUUCCUCUACAAGAAAUAUUUUAAAUACUUUUAAUUUUCUUAUUACUCCAGAAAUAUGGGACAGAUAUUGUUCUGAAACUUUCAAAGAUACAAAUUUUGAAGAAAAUGAUUCAGAUGACAGAGAAAACACUGAUAUGGAAAAGGAUAAAGAAGUUUCUGAAGAAGAUUUUAAUGACUUGGACAGAGACAUUACUGAGUUUGAAAAGGAUAAAGAAUAUGCAGUAAAAGAUUCAAAUAACAAGGACAGAGAUAAUACUCAUAUAAGAAAGGAUAUAGAAAUUGCAGAAAGAGAUUCAGAUGACAAGGACAGAGACAAUAAUGCUUUGGAAAAGGAUAUAGAAAUUGCAGAAAGGGAUUCAGAUGACAAGGACAGAGAAAAUACUGAUAUGAGAAAGGAUAUAGAAUAUGCAGAAAGAGACAAUACUGCUAUGGAAAAGGAUAAAGAAAUUGCAGAAAGAGAUUCAGAUGACAAGGAAAGAGACAAUACUGAAAUGGAAAAAGAUAAAGAAGUUACUGAAACAGAUUCAGAUGACAUGGAACGAGACAAUACUGAAAUAGUAAAAGAUAAAGAAGUUACUGAAACAGAUUCAGAUGACUUGGAAAGAGACAAUACUGAAAUAGUAAAAGAUAAAGAAGAAGUUGUAACAGAUUCAGAUGUUAUGGAUAAAGACAAUAUGGAUAUGGGAAAGGAUAAAGAAGUUACAGGAGUCACAGAGGAAAGAAUGUCUAAUGACACAAAUUCUGAACAAGAUAGGUUAGCAAUUACUCCAAGGGUUGAAAGUGAUAAGAUUAUUGAGAUUACAGAGAUAGUUGAAAGAAAUGAGGAUGAUCUUGAUUUUGUGUAUAAAAGUACACCUUCAUCAGAAGAUGAGGAUAAUUGGGAUCAACAUUUUAAUUUAACGGAAGGGAUAAACAGCAAAAGAAAUGAAAUUGUAAAUUAA